AUGGAAAUGUCUGAUAAUAACGAAACUUCAACUUCAAAAAAAUUAAAGUCCACCAAUACUGGGCAUGAAUUAGAUAAAGAACAUUAUGUUGCAACAUGUUUAGCAUGUGACCAAACUUUUCAACCUGAAAAGACCGGAAUAAUGGAAAAACAUAUAAUUAAUUGUUCAAAAGUGGACCAUUCAAUUC